AUGACUUCAACUCCGGCCACCUCUGGCAAUGUCUCGGUGCGCGCCAGACUCACCACCCGAGACACAGACCUCGCUCUUCAAGAGUCUGCGCCCAUUCUAAUUCCUACAUCCUUCCGUCGCAUUCAGCUUUCGACACUGGUCAACAACCUUGUCAAGACCGAGAAGACGAUCCCGCUAGAUUUCAUUAUCAAUGGAACUUACCUUCGGACCACGAUUGACGAGUACCUCACAAACAACGGCAUCUCCACCGAGACGACGCUGAACAUCGAAUACGUCCGAGCGCGCAUCCCACCCCAAUACGCGGCUUCCUUUGAACACGAUGACUGGGUGAGCGAUGUAGACGUUCUAUCCGGGAACAAUUCCAGGAUACUGUCUGCCAGUUAUGAUGGGCUAUUGAGAGUUUGGAAUGCGUCUUCACAAGUUCUUGCGACUUCUCCAGCAAUGUCACAGAGCGGGCAAGCAUUCAUAAAGUCCGCCAAGUUUAUCUCACCAAAGCAAAUUGUCUCAGGAGGAUUCGACCGAGCGUUAAGACUAUGGAAAUAUGAGGAGGAGCAAGAUGGGUUCUCUGCGCAUAUUACACCACAACUAGAACUCUACGGUCACAAAGGCUCAGUGGACUCUGUAUGUCCGCACGCCGAGUCUGGCCGUAUUCUUUCGGGAUCAUCUGAUCACUCAGUCGGCAUCUGGUCAACGCGGACAUCGGAUGCCCCUGCUGCCCCGGAGGAGCUCGUUCCGAAGUCCAAGGGCAAGGACGGCAAGCGGAGAAAGUUGAACCCAGAAAUAUCCGUCCCAAACAGAGGCCCAGUGGCACUGAUGAAGGAGCAUACCGGGCAGGUGUCGGGUGUAACUUUUGACAGCAAUGACCACACAGUUGGCUAUUCAACAUCGUGGGAUCAAACGGUGCGGACCUGGGAUUUGGUUACGGCCUCUCUUGUGGAUACGCGGACAACGUCAGGCGCAUUGUUCUGUAUAGAACAUAUGCCGUCGUUGACCCUGAUUGCUGCCGGGUCUGUUAGUCGGGUGAUCAAGAUGGUGGAUCCACGUGCAUCGGCGGCUACGGUUACAGCCAUGACCCUCAAAGGACACAAGAACUCAGUCGUGAGCCUCGCCCGAGAUCCGGGCAACGAGUACACGAUUGUCAGCGGCAGUCAUGAUGGUACUUGCCGAGUCUGGGAUGUCCGAAGCACGAGACAAGAGAAAGAAGGGAGUGUUGUAUCGAGUCUAUACACCCUGCCUCGAGCGAGCCAAAAAGGCAGUCCCGCUUCGGCCGUUGGUGAAGGAGUCAAGGUAUUUGCUGUUUGUUGGGACAAGCAUCUGGGCAUUCUCAGUGCGGGCGAGGAUAAAGCCGUCCAGAUCAAUCGCAGCGACGAGCGAACCUGA